AUGGAUCUCCAAUUGCACCUUGAACUCCCCACUCUCCGACUGCCGCCCAUUCGGGUCCGCACGCCGAAAUCUUCUGACACCCCCGGCGACGCCGGCUGCCCUAUUGAUAGCAACAGUCAAUCUGCAGAUUCCGACGCCACCGGCGACAACAGCUGCGUAAUCAAUACCAAUCUUCAAUCUGCGGAGGAUUGUGGCGAAUCGUCGUGCCGAACCCCAACUUCCGUGGAACAUAAGAUUCCGGCGAUCCUGACCUGUCCGCCGGCCCCGCGGAAGCAGAAGACGGUGCUCUCGUGCAAGAGGAGAUUGUCGUGGGAGCUGGAAUUCCACCAGAUCGUGCCGGCAGAAGAGCUGGAGGACUUCUUCCGGUCGAGCUUCGAGGCUGUCGCCGGCGCUAAGAGACGGUGUGCCUGUAUUUGAAUUCGACGGCGUUUAAUUUGCUUGUCCACGCUUCAAUCUCCCCCAAUUUGAUUUUUUUUAGGAAUAUAGCAUUUAAAUUAAGACUUCCUCAAUUGAGGUUGGCAAAUUCGUCAGAAGUGUAUGUUAUCUCCGUAUCCACGAUUGUAGCUAGUUUGGUUCAGAUGCGGGUGAAUUACCAUGUCCAGAACUCCGGACAAUUUGGAUCUGCAGCAUAAACACAUAAUUCAUAUAUAUAUAUCAAUAGAUUCCAAUUGGUGUUGAACAUGAAAUUUGAUCAAA